AUGGCCAAAACGAAUGAAGAUCUCCUUCGACGGCCACUGUAUCUCUAUGAUCUGCCCGCCGAGGUCUUGGACACACUAGUCCUCAAAGAUGAUGCCGAUGCUGACGCCAUAGCCGCUGCUGAACCCGCUGCUUCUUUACCUACCGAGAGUCCCUCAGAUAGCAACCUUGUGGGAACCCAGGCUUGUUCUUUGUGUGGUCUCACGUUCGCAACAGUGAUAGAUCAGCGUGGUCAUCUCAAGUCCGACUUGCACCACUAUAACCUCAAACAGAAAUUGCGAGGACAAAAGCCCGUGUCGGAAGCCGAUUUUGAAAAGUUGGUUGGAGACCUAAACGAAUCAUUAUCGGGUUCUGAUUCAGAGGAGUCAGAAGAAGAGGAAGAUGGCCGACAAGAGUCAACCCUUACCACACUCUUGAAAAAGCAGGCGAGAUUGGCCGACAAGGCAGGCAGCGAUGAUGAGGAAGAAACUGCAGGUAGAGCAGGUCGCGGCAAACCUCCUCUCAUCUGGUUCAGUUCUCCUUUAUUACCUAAAAAGAACUACUUUGGAAUGUACCGUGCCAUUCUCACAGGCGACGAGCAACGGAACCAAGACCUGGUCGAAGUGCUGAAGAAGAAGCAGGUGGAGCCCAUCGCAAUGCCCAAAAUCCCCAAAGAGGGCGCCUUACCAGAGGUUGCCUACAAGGGUCCUCAUAUCUUUCUAUGUAUGAUAGGAGGUGGUCACUUCGCAGCCAUGGUUGUCUCUCUUGCUCCACGACCCAACAAGAACGGCACGACCAUGAACCGAGAGGCCACAGUGCUAGCACACAAGACGUUCCAUCGAUACACCACACGACGAAAGCAGGGUGGUUCUCAAUCGGCCAACGACAACGCCAAAGGAGCUGCACACUCGGCUGGUUCGAGCUUGCGACGAUAUAAUGAACAGGCUCUGGUGGAGGAUGUGCGAAAUCUCCUUCAAGAAUGGAAGGCUCUUAUCGACACUUCCGAGUUGCUGUUCGUCCGAGCGACAGGUAUGACGAACCGGAGAACCCUGUACGGCCCAUACGAGGGUCAAGUAUUGAAGCACAACGAUACUCGACUACGAGGCUUUCCUUUUAGCACACGGCGAGCGACACAGAAUGAGCUCAUGCGAUCCUUUAUCGAAUUGACACGACUCAAAGUCCGCGAGAUUAUUCCUGUGGAGGAGACCAAAAAGGAGGCAGAGUCUGCUGCACCAAAGACGAGUGCGAAACCUUCAAAACCAAAGUUGUCCGAGGAAGAAGAGACAGCGCUUCUCCACACAUCUCAGCUGCAAGCGUUUGUUAAAAGGUCAAAGGUGCCAGCUCUGCUCUCAUAUCUGAGGAACAACAACAUCACAGCCGACUUUGAGUUCCAGCCCGUGGAGCAGAAUCAUCAUGCCCCACGGCCGCUUCACCUUGCCGCUGCUCAAAAUGCUGCACCGUUAGUACUCGGUCUCCUUGUUCGUGGGGGUGCAGAUCCUACCAUCAAGAACAACGAGGGCAAGACACCUUUCGAACUCGCUGGUGAACGAUCAACGCGAGAUGCUUUCCGCGUGGCCCGCUCUGAACUCGGCGAAGCUAAAUGGUCUUGGGACGAUGCCAAGGUACCGCCCGCCAUGACGAAAGCUGAAGCCGACAAACGUGACGAAAGGGAAAAGAAGGAAGUCGAUGAUAAAGAAGCUGAGCGCCGACAGGCCGAGGAGGAAAGGUUAAGGAGUGAAGGGCCCAAGGUGCCAGAGGGGCGAAAGCAAAAGGGAAAUAUCUUGGCAGCGGGUCUCAAACAAACGCCCCAAGAAAAGAGAGAGGCCGAGUCGAGAGGUCUGACGCCAGAGAUGAGGAUGCGCCUGGAGCGUGAAAGAAGAGCACGAGCUGCGGAGGAGAGACUUCGAAAGAUGCAGAACGGUGCAUGA